UUUGCCUUCAACUCCAAGAGAUGAUGUUCUUCAGAUUUGAUGCACAGCCAAACACCAUCGACCAAACAAUGACAGUCAACAACUGAACGCCACCGUCCUCUUCCUCCAGCCCCCUUCCUUUUUUUUGUUCUUUUUGUUUCAGAGCUCGAUCCCUUCUGUUUCUAUACGGAUUUGGCAGUGAUUUGAGCCUAUCGACGGCCGGCGGCGAGAGGUAUGGCGGCAGCGCUCGGUGGAGGUAGUGGUACCGGAGGCGGAUUGAUGUUCGGCAGUGGGGAUGUGUCGAAGGCGCACGCGGCUAUGGCUUUGGUGCAAUUAAUCAAUGGAGGUUAUCAUGUUAUCACCAAAGUCGCCCUUAAUGUUGGGAUGAAUCAACUCGUCUUUUGUUUGUUCCGCGACUUGUUGGCUCUCACGAUUCUUGCCCCUGUUGCUUAUGUUCGGGAGAAGCGAGUUCGUUUGCCCAUGACUCGAGAACUCUUCAUAUCGUUUUUCAUUCUUGGUUUAACUGGGAUUUUUGGUAACCAGCUUCUCUUUCUUGUUGGACUUGGCUACACUAAUCCAACUUAUGCUGCUGCCAUACAGCCUUCCAUUCCAGUUUUUACAUUCCUUUUGGCUGUUAUGAUGGGCACAGAGUCUGUGAACUUACUCAAAGUGGAAGGACAGGCAAAGGUUGGCGGUACACUCGUUUGUGUCUCUGGUGCCAUAUUUAUGGUUUUAUUCCGUGGUCCAGCUUUGUUUGGAAACCCUGAAUCUGAUUUCACCUCGCAUAACGAAAUAAGUGCAAGGGGUCAACCAGAGCCUGCCGGAUGGCUAUUGUCUAGCCUUCUGGAGUAUGGAUUGGAUCAUUUUCAUAUUGGGGUAUUAUGCUUGAUAGGGAACUGUAUGUGCAUGGCUUGUUUCUUGGCUAUCCAGGCACGGGUGUUAAAGAAGUAUCCUGCCAACUUAUCGGUCACGGCAUAUUCUUAUUUAUUUGGUGCUACAUUGAUGGUGAUCACAUCUUUCUUCAUGACCAAUGAAUCCACUGACUGGAAUUUGACGCAAUCAGAGUUUUUCGCUGUCCUUUAUGCUGGAAUUUUUGCAUCUGCCAUCAAUUAUGGACUCUUGACAUGGUGCAAUAAGAUAUUGGGGCCUGCAUUGGUCGCUCUUUACAACCCACUUCAACCUGCAGCAUCUGCGCUGCUAUCAAGAGUUUUCAUAGGAAGCCCUAUUUAUCUUGGAAGUGUUUUGGGGGGCUCUCUUAUAAUUGGUGGUCUUUAUUUGGUUACUUGGGCGUCACAUAGGGAACGACAAACAACUCCAAUUUUGCUUCCACAUUCAACCAGGUCCUCUGAACCACUUAUUCAUAAAGAUGCAUUGACUAACAAGAUUGCAUAUCAGAUAGGACAGAUUUUCUCAGGCUCUACAUCUUCACCCAAAUCUGUAGAUUAGACCAAACUCUCUGAUGGGAUUUUUGAUUGAAAGUUCUCACAGUUCAACCUUUUCAAAAGGGUGAUUUUGAUUGAAAACCUUCAUCAUAUUGUAAUGUUUUCAAUGGGAUUACAUGAUUCAUUAUUCUGCCUGCUUCAUGUAUUGCUUGUAUAUUUUUGCUGAAUAAGCUAUCUAUCUCAGAGCUCCAAAUGGAUCCAUUAGCUGCCCUA